UCGCAUCGCGAACACGACGACGACCACCGUCACAACGGUCUGCCGGCACAACGGUUUGCACGUGUUUUACUCCUCCCCCACUCGCGUCAAAAGUCGCACACGACAAUAACGAACGCCACCGCGGCAACCAUUUUCCGAGACUACUAUCAUGGACGUAUGAUCGGCACGCGACCAAACCUCUAUAGACGAUCGCCACCGUCGGGUGUUAAGCUGUCAGCCAUGAUGGGAGCACGCAAAACAGGUGAAAUGAUCGUCUGGUUUACCGUCAUCGUUGCGGCGAUCGGUUGGUGCGUGGACUGUUACAUCGAAGACUUGUGUCCGAAUUGCAACCUCUAUCAAGAUUCAGCUGAGGUCCGGUCCCACUGCGCCUACCCGUGUCAGUGCGCCAACAGAGACCCGGUUUGCGAACCAGGCGUGCCACACACCCGCGACGGAUGCGGUUGCUGCCCCGUGUGCGCCCGACAGGACGGCGACCCGUGCGACGGCAUCGCCGUAUGUGACCAGAGGAAAGGGUUGGUGUGCCAGUACGACGACUACUACAGCCCGGCCGGCAUAUGCAGAGUAGUAAAAGGCUUACCGUGUACGGUAUACAACAAGACGUACGACAACGGAGAAACAUUCAGGCUAGAUUGCAGAACGCAGUGCACUUGUCAGAACGGCACUUAUGCCUGUGCGUCGUUGUGUCCACAAGAAAAUAUAUCUCCUCAAGGACUUUGCAGGCAUCCCCGGUUGGUCGAAGUGCCCGGACAGUGCUGCAGGGAAUGGAUGUGUGACAACGUAAAUAUGGAAAGGCCGCCAAAUUGUGAAGCAUUAGUCACACCAUGGGCGGAAUGUUCAUCCCAGUGUGGAUUAGGCCUUUCUAGGCGCAUGUCCAAUGCAAAUGAAGCUUGUAAGCCUAAUAACGAAACUAGACUUUGCCAAAUAAGGCCGUGUCACUCACCACCACUGGUGAAUGCUAAAUAUGCAAGACACCACCACAUUAGAAAGGGACACGAGUGCAAGGCGACGAUCAAGUCGACGACACCGGUCCGGCUGAAGUUCGGCGACUGCCGGAGCCGGAAGACAUUUCACCCGAAACGGUGUGGCGGCGCGUGCCCAUCGGCGAGUGGUGGUGGAGGUGACGGCAACACUGGUAAUGGCAUCGUUUGUGCCCCCGAGCUCAGCACCACGGUCAAGGUGGAGUUCCUGUGCCGGAGCCCGGUGGAGGGCCACGACCGGCUGGACGGCGCUGUACCCGGCGACGACCUCUGGGAACCCGUCCGCAGGCCCUUCUCGGCCACGGCCGACGAUUACGUGCACAGCGUGUACGUGGACGUCGAGUGGAUCGUCAAGUGCACGUGCCGGCGGCACGCUGACUGACGACGGCGGCGGCCGUGAACCGCUGGGCGUCUGAAGCCGACGCCGAUGCCCCUGCAGCAACCAGCCGCCCGCGACUUGGCCGAACUGUGAACGUUUAUUAUUUUACAUACCUAUUUCAACAUUCGCGACACACACACACACACACACACACAUACACACACACACACACACAGAUACAUAUAUACCCGACACACAAACUACAUGACGGCGGAGUUUUUGAGAAUUUUUGUUUACGAUUUAAGAUCGACGUUUCUUAUUUUUGUUAGAAUUAUUAUUAUCAUUGCAGCGUUUCUCGACCUUUGAGACCCGAUUUUUCCAGCAAUAUUUUAUUAAAAGUUAGUUUAAACUGAGGUUCUUGAGAUCAUUGCACUCACCAAAUAUAGUAUAAUAGUUCUCCGUUGAUUUCAACACUCCGAAAAGCCUAUGGUUUUUUUAAUGAACCUCCUGCGGUGUGUUCAGUGCGUGUCAAUAAAAUUAUUUAUUUUGUAUUACACUAUAAAUAUAAAAAAAUAUUUUCAAAAUUAAUAAAAUCCUAUGGUCAGCUGGACCCGCACAACUAUUCGUGACCCAAAUAAUCUGGUCCCGACCCAAAUUUUGAGAAACACUUCAUCUUUAGGUAGAUAUAUUUGAUUACACAUGAUGUGUGCAUCGUCAAUAAUCUGAGUUUUGGUUUAGAUAGAUUUUUUUUCGCGUAUACUUAUAUUAUAUUAUAUAACGUUUCCCCGCAAAGUGUACGAUGACCUCACGGCCAUAGAUGAAGUUAAAUAAAGACCAAAAAUAUCACUUAGGUUCCACUUUCCACAGCAUAAAAACACAAAUUCCAUUCACUGAGGUGAUAAAUUUUCAAAAACCCCUAUAAAGCCCAUUGCAGUAUCGCUUUCGAAUACAAAUAAAUUUUGUGAAAAUAUUCAAUUUCGUGUUUUUGAAAAAUAAAAUACGCUCCCGGGAGGACCAACUGUAUAAUAUACUAUUAUUUCAUCUCAAACGCGCCAAAAAUACAAUCACUAAUAAUAAUCGCCCGUUAAGAACCAUUGCAGUUAUACACAAUGUAACUAUAUAUCAUUAACUCAAUUUGUACAUAAAGCACACUAAAAUCUGACGUAUUUUACAACUUUACAAGUAGUUGUUAAUUAUUUACUCCACUUACCUACUCUGUUUUUAAAAUUAAUGGGAUUCGUUGUAUGCAUAAUAAUUAUGUAUAAUACGCUGUAGGUAUAAUAUAUUAUUAUAUGUUAUUAAUUAUUAUGUGCAACGUACCGACGCGUAUAUAAUGAAACAAAUAAUAUAAAAAAAAAAUUGUAACAAUGACGUUACAAAAUUAUAAUGUUAUAAUAUUAUAUUAUGUUAAUAAUGAUAUUAUAUAUUAUUUAUAAUAUACAAUAUACAUAUAUAUAUAUGUAUUAACAAGGGUAUAAUUUGGAUAUUUUUUGUUUGCCAAAAUUAAUAUGUUAUAUGCUUGUAAAAAAACACAUUUUUUUUAAAUGUACCGUUUGGAAUUGUACUAGAUUAAUAUUAUGUGAAUAAUGAACUAUUAUAAUAAUUAUUUUUAUUUUUUUGUUGUUGUAAGUAAGAUAUGAAAUCGUUUUAUCCUUACAAGCUUUGACCACACUGCACCAUUUUAUAUAUUCACCACACGUACCUGCAUCAAACAUGUAUAACAAUAAUAUCCAUAUAUAUUAUUAUUACUUAAAAAUAGAUCUCUAUAUUAUAUAGGUAGGUACCUACCAUCAUUUCAUAUCACAUGCUGAUGAUCUCCGUAGGCAAUAAAGAGCAUUUAAAAUCCAUACACAUUUCCAAAACAUGCGAAUAAGUUCGAUUUGUUUGCAUUGAAAAUUAAACCGUUGGCUUCAAAACUAAAAUAUUACAAUAUAAUUCGAAGACACUGUUCAAAAACGGUUCAUAAAGCAUCAUGAACGUAGUACUUAUACGUUUCCGACUUUCCGGUGAACAGUUUUAUGUUUUCUCUGUUUUAUAAUAUAUAAUAUUCAGUAUUCAGUAUUACAUUAUAAUAUUACGUGUGACUGACAAACCUUCGCAGACGACCAAUAAUCUUUUACUUUUUCACCGGAAAAAUGUUAGCGAUACAAUUAUCACAAUAUUUUGCUAUUAUUGUCCGUAGAAGAUGUUUACAGUUGUUAACGAAUAAUAUUGAACGAUUAAUUCCUACGACAUUAUAUGAACACUUUAUACCUACGCCAGUAACAGGUAUUAGCGAUAGACUUACAGCCAGAGGCCAACACUAUAAGGUAUUAUUUAUACAGUGCCUUAAUGGGAUAUUUUUAUUCUGCCCUCACCUUUAGGUCCUUCAAUAUUAACAUAUCCACACUUUGUUACCUAAAAUAUACUAAAUAAUAAUUACAUUAUAAAUUGGUUUGGUUAAUAUAAUAAGUAUAAUAUAGAAGGGUUACAAAAUUGAAAAAAAAAAUGUAUAAAUGUUUUUGUUUAUUAACCGUCAGUCAUAUUAUUAUAUAAUAUUAUAGAUGUAAGAAAUUAUGAAAAUUUUCAAAAUUUCACAUAAUUAUAUUAACUAAGUAUUAAGUACUUCAAAUAUCGUUUUGUCAUCAUGAAUACGAAAAGGCAAAAAAAAUGUAUAAUUAUAUUUUGUUAACGUAUAAGAUAUUAUAUCGCAAUUUGUAAUAUUUAAUCGAAUUCAAUAAAAAGUUAUUAUUUGUAAUGUUGAAUACUUUUUUUUCCAUAUGAACUCAUAAAAUUAAUUU